AUGAUCUCGGCAACCAAAGGAUUCGUUGUAACGGGAACCGACCGUAUUGAUCGAGAGCGAGGGCAAAAUCCGCUCACAAUCAAGGAAAGGAGCACGACGAACAGCAAAGCGUCGCGAACGGCAAGCCUCUCACUGUCGAACUCUAGCUUAGGCAGCGACGUGGAAGUCAAUUCCUUUCGAGGUUGCUCCAACAAUACUGCCGGCGAACUCAACAACGCUUCUGAAAAGCUGAUGAGAAUGAUUGCACAGGAAAUGGUGAAGUCACUGAGGAAUCCAAUAUACGAUAACAGCAAUGAAAGUACUUCCUCUCGAUCGUUUGCUCCUGUCGACACAGUUGCCAGCAUAGGCACCGAUAUCGACUUGGAGACGCUAGCUGAAAUGGUUUUGACAGGCAUGGACACAACCAGAUUGGUGCAGCGACCAGACGAAGAUCUUCGUAAAAUGCUCCGAGAAGGUCUAUCGGACAGUGUUUUGGACUCACCUACGGACAAUCUCUCAUGUCACAGUCAAAGUGCAUUGCAAUACCCGAAGACGACAAGCAUACGAAGCGGAUUUAAAGUUUCACAGUCAAUUUUUUCUGAUUCGAGCAUGAACAAUCACAGUUGUGAAGCACCGAUAGACAUCUGGAAUUCUGAUGUCUGGAGUUCAGGUGGCUCAGGAGAGGACAUUAGCCGUUCGGAUAUGCAUUUUGAUAGUAAUGGAAAUGUCCCAUCCGAAGAAGAAGAAGUAAAUGAAGAACAAAUGGGCACGCCCAUCGAUUUGUUUUUACAGACCUUUAAGGAAGUGGGCUCCGCCUUAGAAAGUGAAGACAACCUUUCCAUCUCGUCUGACCUUUCGGGUCUCACUGGUGUGUUUUCGAAGCCUUCUUUAAGGGCAAACAGCAAACCAUAUGAUAUUUUACCGGAAAGCUCUUCUCGAGUAGCGCCAAUCAAGAAGAAGCGGACACAGAAGCUUGUCUCGUUCGCGGUACGUUUCGACCAAGUUCACGUGAGAGCUUAUCAGAGUAUUCUUUCAGAUAAUCCAUCUUGUACAAACGGUCCCAGCAUUGGAAUUGGCUGGAACUAUGAAGUGACCGAUCAUUACAGCGUAGACGAUUGGGAAUUAGAGCGCGAACGAUUUCGAAGGCCCUCGGAACUCAUUUUGGAUCGUAACCAUCGGGAGACGUUGUUGCAAAGUCUUGGUUACAGUGAGAAGCAGCUUGCAGCGGCAGUAAGGGACAACAACAAGAUAAAACAUCAAAGAAGACAAACGGUGAAUAACCUAGGGGCUCAAUCUAUGGAAGAGGCUGUUGAAAAGACAAGACGCAAACUGAAGCGCCUCUUAUUUUUACGAAACGGAAAAGUCAAGACAGCCUACUAA